GGGAAAAAAAAUCAACUCCCUUCACACCCCAGUGAUAACUGUACAGCUCCAAGCCAGGGGUGGGCUAAACCUCUGCUUUGGCCUCCCUGCAGCUCUGAUUCUGGAAGGUUCUGUGCUAACAUCCAUUGAGCCACAAUGGUCAGCUUUUUUCUGCCUCCCCCUCAGGCUCUUUCAUCACCUUUUCCUAACACCAGCACUUUAUGCCAGUUCUUCCCAUUUCCAUCCCGUUCUCCCUCAGGCCUAUCAUCCCAACAAAUCCUGCUCCCGACCUCAGCAUCUCACUCGACCCUAAUGCCUCAUUUACAAACAUGACGUGGACGGCUCUGUGGCACACAGAUGUGGGAAUGAAGACUGGAAAUGAGCAUAAAGAGAAAGACAUGAGCCCUCGGAUGCAAUCCCCAGGGCCAGAUAAGACUGGAUGGGGCAAUCCAUACCUAUAAGUAGAGGCAGAAAGUUCAGAAGUUCAAAACCAUCCUUGACUACAUAGCUAAUUUGAGGUCAUCCUAGACUACAUGAGACCCUGUCUCAGAAAAAUAAAAAAGAUGUACCAGUGAGACCACAUUUUGGAAAGAGGUAUGAUCCGGUCAGAAUGGGCAAAUGACACACCUACCAGCAGAACUGCAUUCCCACCUGGAUUCGGACCCCUCAACCAGUCCCCAAAUUCAGCCUUCCCAGAUAGUCCCCAGUCCCACAACCCCAGAAGACUUCCACCAACCAGACCCAGGCCACACCAGCCAGAACAGGUGAGUGACCUGCCUAGCAACAGAACUGUACCCCUCCUUGGACUCAGUCUGUAGAGACCCUGCUCCAGGCUAAUGCCAUCCCAGUUCAUCCCUGCUGCUGCUGCUGAGUCCUCAAUCCCCACCCCAGUGGGCUUCCACCACUGAGGCACAGACCACACCAGCCAAUGCAGGUCCAAGUCACACAAGCCAGAACAAAACUUCAGGGUACUCCAUAUACCCAGACAGAGUCUCCACCAGUUGGAAGAAUAGAUGCCAUAGGCCCACAUACCAUCUGCCCUAUCUGAAAGAACAGCCCAGAAGCUCUAUCAGAAGUCAGGCAGGUACCCUAGGUACCCCAGAAGAAAACACAGGCUCUACUUGAGAUCAGGCAAGAUCCAGAGAUCUAAGAAGACUUCUAUAGGAGGCCAGAUCAGAAUAAGGGACUCAAGGACCCCAAAAUCCCAGUGAAAACAUCCUACUGGACCCGAAGACUCAUCAGUCACCAGAAUCCUUGGUACAAGGAGCAAGGAACAAAACACCCAUCCAACAAAGACAAACACAGGAAUCAAUACCUACACCUAUAAUCACUCCAAAUCCAGAUGCCUAAAUGCCAGUGUAAGAACGGAAUCAAUAGCAGAAAAGGCAACAUGGCACCACCAAAGCCCAGCUAUCCAAUGACAGUAAGACCUAAACAAUCCAACACAGAUGAAACACAAGAAAAUGACCUUAAAAAAUACCUUUAUGGGGGAAAUAGAGGUUCUUUAAAGAGGAACUGAGAAAAACCCUCAAAGAAAUGGAAGGAAAGAUAACCAAGGAAAUGAAUAAAUAUCUUAAAGAAUGCCAAGAAAACCAAGAAAAAGCAAACAGCUGGCAGAAACAAAACUGUUCAAAAUCUAAAAAUGGAAAUAGAAUUUAAAAAAAACACAAACUGGAAAACUUGGGUAAGCAAACAGGAACUACAGAUGCAAGCAUCACCAACAAAAUACAAGAGAUGGAAGAGAGAACCUCAGGCAUUGAAGGUGCCAUAGAGAAAAUAAAUUCAUUGGUCAAAUGUUAAAUCUAAAACUUCCUAACACAAAGCACACAGAACAGCCGAGCGUUGGUGAAGCACGCCUUUAAUCCCAGCGCUCGGGAGACAGAGGCAGGUGGACCUUUGUGAGUUCGAGGCCAGCCUAGUCUACAAGAGCUAGUUCCAGGACAGGCUCUAAAGUUACACAGAGAAACCCUGUCUCGAAAAAACAAACAAACCAACCAAAACUAAAGCACCCAGGAAACCUGGAACACCAUGAAAGACCAAAGCAAAGAACAAUAGGAAUAGAAGGGGAGAAAUUGCUGCUCAAAGACCCAGAAAAUAUUUUCAACAAACUCAUAGAAGAAAAUUUUCCCAACCUAAAGAAGGACAUAUCUAUAAAAAAAAUAUAAGAAGCUUACAGAACACCACAUAGAAUGGACCAGAAAAAAAAGUCCCCUCACCAUAUAACAAUCAAAACACUAAACAUACAGAAAGAGAAAGACUAAGGAAAAAGGCCAAGUAACAAAUAAUGGUAGACCAAUCAUGGAGAAAGACCAAUCUUUCUCUAUGAAGACUCCCAAUGCCACACCUGAACAGAUCCCUUGCAGACUUUGCUGUAGAAUAUUAUUUUAAGAUGUGUUACCCUUGUUUAUGCUGUGAAAUAUUUGCUUAAUGAUGCAAAAAUAUGUUGCAUUCCUCUAUGUUGCAUUUGUUUAGCUCUGUGAAUCUUGUUACUUUGCCUGUCUAAAACAUCUGAUUGGUCUAAGAAAGAAUUGAAUGGCCAGUAGUAAGACAGGAGAAAGGAUAGGUGGGGCUGACAGGCAGAGAGAAUAAAUAGAAGGAGAAAAAAAAAGAAAGGAAAAGAGAACAAGGAGCAAGAAAAAAAGGGACCAGCCACCCAGCCAGCCACGGAGUAAGAGUGAAAGGAAGAUUACAGAAGUAAGAAAUGUAAAAAGCUCAGAGGCAAAAGGUAGGGGGUAAUAUAAGAUCAAGAAAAGCUGGCAAGUCUUCGGAGUGGUAGAGCAAGGUCAUGAAGGAAGAGGAUUGUGGUGGUGCGGCCAUUAUCUCCGCUCUGUCCACCCCUGCGCCCCUCGCUGAGCUUCCCGCCGCACCAUGUUGGGCCAAAGUGUCCGGAGGUUCAUGACCUCCGUGGUCCGUUGCAGCCACUACGAGGAGGGCCCGGGAAAGAAUUUGCCAUUUUCCGUGGAAAACAAGUGGUGGUUACUGGCGAUGAUGACUGUGUACUUUGGAUCUGGAUUUGCUGCUCCUUUCUUCAUAGUGAGGCACCAGCUUAUUAAGAAAUGAGAGUAUUUAAUUCAACCCUUUAACAGAAUGAAGAUUGUUUAGUAGAGUGAUCUGAAAACUGGAUUAAACUCUUGAACUCUUAUUACUAAAUAAAAUUGUAAAUAAAUAUAUGACGUAAAAAAAAAAGAAAAGAAAAGCUGGCAAGAAAUAAGUCAAGUGAAGACCAGGCAUUUAUAAGAAAGAAUAAAACUCCAUGUGUGAUUUUGGGGGGAGCUAGUGGUGCCCCUCAAAUAAACCACAAGUCUAAAACAACCAACUACAAGAUUCUCAGAGACCAUGGAUGCCAACCCAGACUACUACACCCAGCAAAACUUUCAAUCACCAAAGAUGGAGAAAACAAGGUAUUUCAUAAAAAUGUCAAAUUUAAUCAACAUCUAUCCACAAACCCAGCUCUACAGAAGAUAUUAGAAGGAAAACUCCAGCCCAAAGAAUUUAGCUACACCCACAAAAACACAGGCAAUAGAUAAUCCCACACAGGAGGGAAACAUGUGCAUACACACAAGCAUGAAAGCAAGCACAUACCACCACCACUACCACCACCAGCAACAAACAACAGGAAUUAACAAUCACUGGUAAUUAGUAUCCCUCAAUAUCAAUCGGCUCAAUUCACCAAUAAAAAUUGCAGGCUAACAGAAUGGAUACAAAAACAGAACCCAUCCUUCUGUUGCAUACAAGAAAAACACCUCAACAUCAAAGGCAGACAUUACUUCAGAGUAAAGGAUUAUAAAAAGAUUUUACAAUCAAAUGGACCAAAGAAGCAAGCUAGUGUAGUAAUUCAAAUAGCUAACAAAAUAGACUUGAAAUUAGAAUUAAUUAAAAGAGAUAGAGAAGGACAUUAUAUAUUUAUCAAAGGAAAAAAUCCACCAAGAUGAUGCCUCAAAUCUAAACAUCUAUGCCCCAAAUACAAGAGCACCUACAUUUGUAAAAGAAACAUUACUAAAGCUAAAAUCACACAUUGAACCCACUCAUUAAUGAUGGAGGACCUCAACACCCCACUCUCACCAAUGGACGGGUCAUUUCAACAGAAAUUAAACAGAAAAUAUUGGAACUCACAGAUGUUAUGACUCAAAUGGGCCUAACAGAUAUCUUCAGGAUGUUUCAUCCAAAUGCCAAAGAAUAUACCUUCUUCUCAGCACCUCAUGGAACCUUCUCCAAAACUGACCACAUACUCAGUCCCAAAGCAAGUCUUAACAAAUACAAAACAGUUAAACUAGCCCCCUGUUUCCUAUCAGAUCAAAGAUGGAGUUGAAUAACAACACAAACCACAAAAGCCUAUAAACUCAUGGAAUCAACUCUCAUCUGAAUUAUCACUGGGUCAAGGAAGAAAUAAAGAAAGAAAUUGAAGACUUCCUAGAAUUCAAUGAAGAUGAAUCCACACCAUACCCAAACUUAUGGCACAUAAUGAAAGUGACGCUAAGAGGAAAUGUUCUUACACUAAAUGACUUCUUAAAGAAUUUAGAGAAAUCUCACACUAGUGACUCACACAGCACAUCUGAAAGAUCUAGAACAAAAAGAAGCAAACUCACCCAGGAGGAAUAUAAUCAAACAGAGGGUAGAAAUCAAUAAAAUAGAAACAAAGAGAAAAACACAAUGAAUCAAUGAAACAAAGAUUUGGUUCUUUGAGAAAAUUAACAAGGUAGACAAACUCUUACCCAAACUAAAAGGGGCAGAAAGAACAUCCAAAUUAACAUAAUCUAACUGAAAAGGGGACAUAAUAGACACUGAAGAAAUCCAGACAAUAAUUAGAUCAUACUUUAAAAACCUGUACUCUACAAAAUUGGAAAAUCUAAAAGAAAUAAACAAUUUUCUUGAUAGAUACCAUAUACCAAAAUUAAACCAAGAUCAGAUAAACAAUUUAAAGAGAUCUAAAACCCCUAAGUAAAUUGAAGCAGUAGUUAAAAGUCCCCCAGCCAAGAAAAGUCCAAGGCCAGAUGGUUUUAGUGCAGAAUUCUACCAGAAUUUUAAAGAAAAGUUAAUACCAGCACUUGUUAAACUAUUCCACAACAUAGAAACAGAAGGAACAUUGUCAAAUUCUUUUUAUGAGGCCACAGUUACCCUGAUACUCAAACCACACAAAGACCCAACCAAUAAAGAACGAGAAUUACAGACUAUUUCCCCCCAUGAACAUGCAAAAAUACUCAAUAAAAUACUGGCAAACUGGAUCCAAGAACAUAACAAAAAGGUCAACCAUCAUGAUCAAGUGGACUUCAUCCCAGAGAUGCAUGGAUGAUGGUUCAACAUACAAAAAUCUGUCAAUAUAAUCCACAAUACAAACAAACUGAAAGGAAAAAAAAACACAUGAUUAUCUCAUUAGAUGCUGAAAAGGCCUGUGACAAAAUCCAACAGUCCUUCAUGGUAAAAGUCUUAGAGAGAUCAUGGAUACAAGGAACAUACCUAAAUAUAAUCAACAACAAGUUGAGAGUCAACAUCAAAUUAAAUGGAGAGAAACUCAAAGAAAUUCCACUAAAAUCAGCAACAGGACAAGGCUGCCAACUCUCUCUAUAUCUAUUCAAUGUAGCACUCAAAGUUCUAGUUAGAGCAAUAAGACAACAGAAGGAAAUCAAGGGAUACAAAUUGGAAAAGAAGAAGUCGAAGUAUCACUAUUUGCAGCUGACAUGAUAGUGUACAUAAGCAACCCAAAAAUUCUACCAGGAACUUCUACAGCUGAUAAAUACUUUUAUUGAAGUAGCUAAAUACAGGAUUAACUGAAAAAAAAAGCAGUAGCCCUCUUAUAUACAAAUGAUAAAACAGCCAAGAAAAAAGAUCAGGAAAACAACACCCUUCAGAGUAGCCAUAAAUAAUAUAAAAUAUCUUGGGGUAACUCUGACCAAGCAAGUGAAAGACUUGUAUGACAAGAACUUCAAAUCUUUGAAGAAAGAAAUUGGAGAAGAUUUCAAAAAAUGGAAAUAUCCAUCAUGCUCAUGGAUUGGUAGGAUUAACAUAGUAAAAAUGGCCAUUUUACCAAAAGCAAUCUACAGAUUCAAUGCAAUUCCCAUAAAAAUUUCAACACAAUUUUUUACAGAUCUUGAAAGAACAAUAUUCAACUUUAUAUGGAAAAAUAAAAAUUCAUGAUUGCUAAAACUGUCCUCUACAACAAAAGAACUGAGAGGUAUCAUCAUCUCUGAUCUCAAACUCAACUAAAAAGCAAUAUAAUAAUAUUUAAAAAUAGUGAUUUUUUUAAAAAGCAUGUAAUUAGCAUAAAAAAGACAGAUGGAUCAAUGGAAUCAAAUAGAAGACCCAGACACAAAUCUACACACUUAUGGACACUUAAUUUUUCGAUUAAAAAAAGCCAAAACUAUAAAAUGGAGAAAAGAAAGCAUCUUCAACAAAUGUUGCUGGCACAACUGAAUGUUGUCAUGUAGAAGAAUGCAAAUAGAUCCAUAUCUAUCAUCUUUACAAAACUCAAGUCCAAGUGGAUCAAAGAUUUAAACAUAAGUCCAGUUACACUGAACCUAAGAGAAAAGAAAGUGGGGAUAGCCUUGAAUACCUUUGAACAGGAGGCAGCUUCCUGAAUAGAACACCAAUACCACAGACCCUAAGAUUAACAAUUAAGAACUGGGACCUCAUGAAACUGAAAAGUUUCUGUAAGGCAAAGGACACUGUCAAUAAGACAAAACAGCAGCCUAGAGAAUGUAAAAAAAAAAAUCUUCACAAACCCCCCAUCUGACAGAGGGCUGAUCUCUAAAAUAUAUAAAGAACUCUAGAAACUAGACAUCAAAAACCUAAACAACCCAAUUUUAAAAUGAGAUGCUGACUUGAACAGAUUGAAACAGGAGACUGCUUCUUAAAUAGAACCCCAGCAGCACAGACACUGAGAGAAACAAUUAAUAAAUGAGACCUCCUGAAACUGAAAAGCUUCUAUAAAGCAAAGGACAUGAUCAACAAGACAAAAUGACAGCCUACAGAAUGGGAAAAGAUCUUUACUAACCCCAUAUUAGACAGAGAUCUGAUCUCCAAAAUAUAUAAAGAGCUCAAUAAGUUGGUCAUCAAAACAACAAAUAAUCCAAAAAAAAAAUGGAGUACAGACCUAAACAGAGAACUCUCAACAAAGGAAUCUUAAAUGGCUGAAAGAUACUUAAGGAAAUGUUCAACAUCCUUAGCCAUCAGAGAAAUACAAAUCAAAACAACUCUGAGAUUCCAUCUUACACCUGUAAGAAUGGCCAAGAUCAAAAACAGACAACUUAUGCUGCAUUGCUGGUGGGAGUGCAAGCUGGUACAGCCCCUUUGGAUAUCAGUAUAGCAAUUUCUCAGAAAAUUAGAAAAAACCUUUUUUAAGACCCAGCAAUACCACUUUUGGGCAUAUAUCUCCAAGGGAUGCUCAAUCAUACCACAAGGACAUGUGCUCAACUAUGUUCACAGCAGCAUUGUUUGUCAUAGCCAGAACCUGGAAACAACCUAAAUGCCCCUCAACCAAAGAAUGGAUAAGGAAAAUGUGGUGCAUUUACACAAUAGAGUACUACCCAAUAGAAAAAAUGGCAUCUUGAAAUUUUCAGGCAAAUGGAUGGAGCUAGAAAACAUCAUUUUGAGUGAGGUAACCCAGACACAGAAAGACAAUUAUCACAUGUACUCACACAUAGGUGGUUUUUAAACAUAAAGCAAAGAAAAUCAGCCUACAAAUCACAAUUCCAGAGAACCUAGACAACAAUGAGGACCCUAAGAGAGACAUACAUGGAUCUAAUCUACAUGGGAAGUAGAAAAAGACAAGAUCUCCUGAGUAAAUUGGGAGCAUGGGGACCAUGGGGACCAUGGGAGAGGGUUGAAGGGGAGGGAAGAAGGUAGGGAGUAGAGAAAAAUGUAUAGCUCAAUAAAAUCAAUAAAGAGAGGUCCAUACUAAAAAUAAAAAUAAAAAUGAAGUACUGACCUAAACAGAGAAUUUUCAACAGAAGAAUCUCAAAUGGCAGAGAAAUUUUUUAAAGAUAUGUUUAUCAUCCUUAGCCAUCAGGAAAAUACAAAUCAAAACAACUCUGAGACUCCAUCUUACACCUAUCAGAAUGGCUAAGAAUAAAAAUACAAAUGACAGCUUAUGCUGGAGAGGAUGUGGAACAAGGAGAAGACUCCUCCAUUGCUGCUGGGAGCAUAAACUUGUACAGUCACUUUGGCAAUCAAUAUGUCUCAGAAGAUUGGGAACCAAUCUACCUCCAGAACCAGCAAUACCACUCUUCAGCAUAUCCCCAAAAUAUGCUCAAACAUACCACAAGGACGUUUGCUCAACUAUGUUCAUAGCAGUUUUGUUUGUUAAUAGCCAGAACUGUAGUCGAAGACUGUUCUUUUGUUUCACAGCCAUUUUGACCCGAAUAAUCACACAGAAACUAUAUUAAUUACAACACUGUUGGGAUUAUUAGCUCAGAUUUUUUAUUAACUAACUCUUACAUCUUAAAUUAACCCAUUUCUAUUAAUCUGUGUAUUGUCACGAGGCUGUGGCUUACUAGAAAGGUUCCAGCAGCAGCAUCUUUCUCCUUCAGCGGCUACAUGGCAUCUCCUUGACUCCGCCUACUCCCUCUCUAUAUCUCUGUUAAGAUUUCCUGCCUGGCUUUGCUCUGCUAAGCCAUUAGCCAAAACAGCUUUAUUCACUAACCAAUGGCAAUAAAAUAGUCACAGCAUAUGGAGGGGAAUCCCACAUUACAGAACCUGGAAACAACCUAGAUACCCCUCAACCAAAGAAUGGAUAAAUAAAAUGUGAUACAUUUAAACAAUGGAGUAUUCCUCAGCUGUUAAAAAUAAAGACAUCAGGAAAUUUGACGGCAAAUGGAGAGAACAAAAAAAAAAAUCAUCCUGAGUGAGGUAGCCCAGACCCACAAAGACAAACAUGGUAUGUACUCACUCAUAAAUAGAUCGUAACUUAAAGUAAAGAAUAACCAAGCUACCAUCCACAGGCUCAGAGAGGUUGGGUAACAAGGAUAAUCUCCUUGGGAAGGAGAAAUAGAGAUCUCUUGGUUGAACUUGGGUUGGGUGGGCAUGGGAAUUUAAGGGACUGGGUUGGGAGGUGGGUGGAGGGGAACAGUGCUGAGAGACACAACAGGAAAGGGGGGCUUUAUGGGGAAGUCUUAUGAAAGAGAAACUUCCAUGAGUCUACAAGGAUGGCCCCAGCGAAGACUCCUGGCAGCAGUGGAUGUACAGCCUAAACUGGCCAUCCCUGUGAUCACAUUGAUGGCUGCCCCAGAGAGCAUUCAUCCAGUGACUGAUGGAGGUAGAUUCAGAGACCCACAGCCAAGACCUUUCUGAGCAAUUAUAGAGAAAGGGUG